CAUAGACAAUCAAGGUCAUGUCACAAAUAUUAAUCGUGACAAGUCGAAUAGUUACAAUUUUGGAAAAACUUGACUUUCUCUUUUUCUUUACGCAUAGUUUAUGCACAUAAAGUGGUUUUGUUUUUGAGAAGUCGGACUUUUUCUUUUAUAAUUACUUUAGGAUUACCUCAAAUUCUCAAAUGAGAGCUAAUGGCCGCCCAACACUAAUCACGAAACAGCUGAUGUGCGUCGUUUGAUUUAUCAAUUAACAUUGCUGUUUGCCUCCCUGUUUCAAAGUUGUUUAAAUGAUACUCUAUUCGCAAAACAUUUUUUUCUGGAAUUCAGGAUGUCACUGACCAUUCAACAAAUUAUUUUGGAUGCUAAAAGGCUGGCGGGCCGACUGAAGGAACGGGAAACAGAAGCGGAUGCGUUAUUGACUGAGACUCAAUCGGCAUAUAGACAAAUUCAUACCAUGAAACAGUACAAAGAAGAAGUGGACACUCUCAAUGAAGCCUCAAGAGAAAGACCUCGGGGAGAACUAAUUGCAAGCAUUGAAAGAGAAUCUCGACUUAUGCGUGAUGUACAAAAAGAGAAUGGGGAACUCCGAGCUGCAUUGGAAGAUCACAGAAGGGCUUUGGAGCUAAUUAUGACCAAAUAUCGUCAGCACACUGAGAAGAGAAUAUGGGAAUCGCGAAUAGAUUUUACAUCUGCUAUUAAUGAUAAACAGCAAGAGUUGAUUCGUCAACAAGCUGAAAGAAUUAAUGAGAUGACUAGCGUCAUGUACAAAGCUGUUACCUUGGAUGAAAAUUCUGACACAAGGAAAGAAGAGGAAUUGUACCAAAGGCUUAUUACUGAGAACAAGGGUCUUCGGGAGAUGUUGAAUCUAUCGAGGCGGUAUGGAUCGGAGCGAUCAUUGGCUCCUCCUACAGAAGACAAGCAUGUACAAACGGAGGGCCCGGCUGUGCCCACCGCGUGACGUGCCCACACCGCCCGCCACUUACAAACGUAAACGAACCUCCUGUCGGCACAUUUGCCUUUAUAUUUCCACAAUAACUUUUGCAUACAGAAUACCUUUAAUUUCUAAAUUCAUGAAAAAAUUUCUAUGAUGACAGUUUUAUUGCAACUUUGUUCCUAUUAAUUUUGAUUACCCGGAAGUUUUAGAAACCGAUAAAUAGAUUAUUUUCUUCUAGCUAAAAAUUCAACUAAAAUAAACAUAGAUAUCACGAAACUAAUUGUAUGAUUUUUCAAAAUUAUCUGUGUGCAAAGUCUAUCUGAAUACUGAACCAUGACUUACUAAUUUUGUUGUUUAUUUUAAUUUCUUUUAUAUAUUCAAGUAUGCUUCAUGUUCAAAUUAUUUGUAUUUAUACU